CAAUCAUCGCAUUGGCCCGCUGGACUUGGACUUCAUGGUUAAAUGGUUACAAACCCGUACGGUUUACUGUUACAUAAUAUACUUCCCGGUGGAUAGAUUGCGUGGGGGUCUGUGGCUUUCUCUUACAUAGGAAUGAAUAGUUUUCCAAGACUUUCCAAACUUUGAAAUGCUGGCUUUAUUCUUGCCACAUGAGAAGGAGGGGAGACAUAAUUUCCCAUGAACCAUACAGUUUCGUUCUUCCAGCUAUUAAACGAUCAGUCAAUUUUGAGGAGACAUGACUUUGUGUUGAAUCCCAAACCUAUGUUGGAUAUGGUUUAAAAGCGGUAUUUGAGAGUCACCACCCGGUCUGGUAAUACAGAAAGAAAGAACUAACAUGAAAGAAAACAAUGUACUUGUUGAGGGCUUUGGUGGCCCGGGUUUCUACAAAAACGUUAAAGAGACGAUUGGUAGCAACCAUGUGGCAAAUGAGCUUCACUUCCAGUCAAACGGCACCUUCUCAUCCUCAACGGAUCUGACGAUGCGACCGAUAGCAAUAGGUCCCGCAGCACCAACAGCUUUUCCCAUCCAACAAAUCAAUACCCAAGUCAACUCAACGACAAAUGGAGUUUACUCAGAGGAAACGAAUGGUGUACCAUUAAACACGAUGAAAGAUGAAACACUUGGUAAAGGACAGUCAAGUGUUCCGACCUUUUCCAAUGGAUUCAUAAGCGAUGUCUCAAAUGCCUGGUUGCAUACCCUUGCAGAUCUUUGCGAUUGGAAAUCAAAGCAAGACAACCCUCUCCCUCAUGCAACAUACGGUAAGAGUACCCUCACCCCAGCGGUCGCUCAAGAAUGUGAGAAAUCGUUGAGUGAACGAGGAAAUGCUUUGGCUAGGAAAGACAACGGUGGAUUGUCUGCAAAUAGCAGCAUGCCUCGGAAUGAUUACAUGAUCUCGACUAUACUAGCAGGAAGCUCUGGCUCAGGUAGCAAUCACGACGCAAUGAUCACCCAUGGCGUGGACAUCAGUCACUCCAAUAGGUCGACAAAUGUCAAAAGCAGCGAAAUGAAUUAUGCUCAAAAUGGCAUUUCGAAGACUGCUUUCAGAAGUUCGCCCGAGGUUCCUAGCAUUGAACACCUUCGAGUUAUGGGUGAAAGUCCUACCACACUGGAAGAUAAUGGCGAGGUAGCCAACAGUCAAGCUACUGAUGAAUCAAUUUCUAGUAUUCCAAUGAAGAACUUGCCACCACGGAAGCGCCACAAGCGUUCACUAGUUUCGCCCCCUACUGUUGAGAAAAGUCCAUCAAAGUCACAUGAUGAGCAUAACUCUGCUGAUCCAUCCUCGUCCACAUUUCAGUACAAACCCGAUCAUUAUUAUUCAUCUGCUUUAUCAGAAGAACCACCAAAGGUAGAAUCUUUACAAGGAACAGACAGUCUUUCGAGUUUUGAGGUAAAGAAAGGACAUAUCACUGCUGAUUCUGUCGAUGCUUGUCAAGUGUCGAAGAGACUCGCUGUAGAUAGAGUACUCAAAUGCCAAAGAGACUCCCCUUCCUCAUUAGAGUCUAAUGGAAGUUCAAGCAGCGAUGUAAGUUACAGAGGUUCUCCAAUGGCCAUUGAAGGUUCAGAUAGCGGAAUCUAUAGUGGGAAUAGUAGUCGGAGCGGAGACACUUCACCUUGCCAACCUAACCAUCACCCGUCCAUUGUUCAGCAGUCAGGUCUUCAGGGUCUUCAACAGCAGCUUCCGCUACAUAGCACAAUGACAAUGCCAGCUCCAAAUGGACAGCUUCAGAGACCCGGAGACCUCCAGGUCCAGUCUGAAAUAUUUCCAACAAAUCGGUACAAUAUUAAUCAAGAAAUGUUACCAUCAUACAGCAGUCAGAUUCCUCAGAUGGCACAAAUGCAGCAGAUACCUGGGGUACUGUCACAAGACUCAUUGUCACACACCCAAAUUCGACUUCCAGUUGGGCAUAACGUACUGCCGGCACAAUUGAACACUAGUAAUCAGGGUCUCUCAUAUUCCAGGACACUAGAUACAAAUGGACCCAUUGUCCCUACUUCUCAGACUCCGCCAAUCGGUGGAACAACCCUGCGCCCAAUCCCUCUGCAUUAUCAAAACGGCUAUGCCCACGAUCAACUCUCAGGACGCCUGGAACAGAAUCAACCGAGAAUUCCAUUACCUCGUCAUCAUCUGCAAGACAUGCCAAGGUAUCGCUCCGGACCACUUCCGCCGCAGACUCUUGCCCAAAAUGCAUUUCCUCAGUUUACACACUCAACUGCCAGUAAUAUGUGGGUUCCACCAAUUCCGACAACUCGACAUCAAGGGCUUCUUAAUGGAUUCACUGGAGCCUCUCAGAACGCCACCUUCCCCCAUCAGCAACCGCCGAUGACCCUUGCCACCCCAGUGACUAGUACCACAUCCCAAUCGCCUACAACAACGGUCGAGUACGCUCCUCUCAAGAGGGCACCAGGAAGAUCUCGUCUGAACAACCACGUAUCCAGCGGACUACCCAUGGGAGAUUCUACAUUCCUCUGUGAGGUUUGCAACAAGGUCUUUCCUCUCCAGAGACUUCUAAACCGACAUAUGAAGUGUCACAGCGCCACCAAGCGGUACAACUGUGCAUUCUGUGGGAAAGGAUUCAAUGAUACAUUUGACCUGAAGAGACACGUCAGGACACACACUGGUGUACGCCCUUACAAGUGUGACAAAUGCGGCAAGGCCUUUACGCAGAGAUGUUCAUUAGAAUCCCACCUCUCCAAGGUUCACGGUGAACAGCAUCGAUACACCUACAAGCAACGACGUUCCAAGAUAUUCGUAUGUGAGGAAUGUGGCAUCACCACCGAGACUGCGGACUGUCAUUACAACCACAUCAAGGAGAAACACCCGGACAGCACUGAGCUCCGGAAAUACCAAGACAAACUACAAUUCCAGAAGCUUGUAAUGCAGCAGGAGAAUGCUGGAGCCUCAGCGGAUGGUGAAAGUGAUUUCAUGAGGAGCCGUCCCGAUCUGAGCCCGACAUCAGAGCUUAUGCUGUACAGGGAGCAUGACGAAGCGACGCUACCUCUGCAGAAUCAUGCCGAACAGCAGCGUCGAAUGAGCGAGAUGAGGUCUCCGGGAGAUGUAUCACCGGUAAGCAGCGGUAGUAGCGGUAGCGGCGAAGAUAGGAUGGUCUUUGAAUACCGGAAUGAUAUAAAAACCGAGAGGGCCGGGGAAAUAUCUCCCCAUGGUAAUCAUAGUACUUUAUAACUGGAGGUCUUCUUAAAACUAUAAGAUUCUAUUGCAAAACACACACCGAAAAUGUAGUUGGAUACAGCCCCCCCCCCCCACCCCUAUCCGAAAACAACACUUAUCAGACGGGCUCGACUAGUAAUGAAUACAUUAAUUAAUACACCUCUAAUAUCAAUUCAUCUGAAAUAAUAAUAUCAAUGACAAUGAUAUAAAAUUUAUAUCAAACAUUUACCUGUUAGAAUUCAAACAAUGUUUAGAAAGGACAAAGUCAAGAUUGUAAUGAAAAUGAUAAUAGUUUACCGGGUGAGGGGAGGGUGUUCUACUAUAAUAUCAAGUUUUUGGCAGUAAGCCUUGUCUUGAAUCGACUUACAGGGUGAUUUGGAUUACUUAAAACGGUGGAACAUUAUAUAUAGCCAGGGACCCGUUUGGGUUGCAGAAAGAGUUGCGAUUAAACGCAACUCAAAGUCUUGCGCAACUUGAUUUUCAGCCAAUGAAGCUCCCAUAUUCGUGACUUGUGCCUGAUAUUUUGACUUGCAUUUAACACAACUCUUUCUCUAACAGGCCCUAGGUGUAGUUAGUACUUCUUGUUAUAAAAGAAAUCGUUUUAGAUUGAAGUAGUUACUAACGUUCCUUGCUGCAACGUGAUCUUAACAAAAGUGCCUUAAUUAUCAUUACUGAAGUAGCCUAAAAUAUUGCCAAUGUGUCUAUAUCUACUUACUGAAAUAUG